GUGGUUCAGGUUUUUUUUCUGCGGUUCAUUUUUUUUUUCCUUGCUUGGGGAGAGUGAGAAGGGGGAGGAGACAGCUUGGACUUGGCGCGAGAGCCAGGUCAAACUGAUACAAAGGCCACUGCCCAUCACCUCUGCAAGAGCAAGGGAAGUCCUUCAUCAGUGGAGAGAGGCAAAAAUGACAGCCAGCUUCAAAAGGGACAGGAAGGGGGUUUGGAAAGCUAAGGGUUGGACAGCCUCCACUCAGUCUCCUGGAAGAAAAUGGAGCAUAUCCUCUUGGGCAUGCAGGUGCCCAGGCCCAGGGAGGACAUGCUGGGGAAAGGCCAGUGGAAUGUAUCAGGUGACUGCCCAAUAUUCCUGCUACUGCUUGGGACCACCAAGCUGGGUACAAUGGAAGAGUAAUGAGACCAUUUAUCAUGACACUUCAAGGUCUGAGACAUGAUUUUCCAUGGUGUCCUUGCUGACAGAGUGGGGGCAUGUGACCAUAAUGAGAGGAGAAGUGAAAGCUCAUGCUGCAAUGUGGAAAUCCCUUUUAGGCAUUAAGGCAAACAUUUCCACACAGCAGCGAUGCUCCAAUUCUGGAGCAGAGCACAAAGGAGAGGGAAACUCCAUCCUGGAUGGGGUCAGCACCAAAGCCACCUCUUCCCCCCUGUAAGCCAGCCCUGCCCUAGAGAAUUAAGUCAAUUCUCCAUAGGCAAGGCCUGCAGCUCUGCCCAGUGCCCCAGCCCCGAGCUGCACUGCCCCCUCCGCUGCCAUCCCAGGGGACCCCUUAGCAGUUUCCGGGGGUGGAAUGAAACAGGAUGGUGUUGCUGGGCCAAUGGCAGGGCACCAGUGUCGUGGCUGUACUUUCCCAUCUGCCACACCUCCUUAGACUUUUGCUUCUGCGGAAACCAGCUGUACUUUUUCUCUGCAGCAGAAGCAGCGCCCUCGGGGCCAUUGGGGUGGCCCGGGCAUGGCGCAGAACGUGGUCUAUGCCGACCUGAAAUUUGCUGAGGGGUCUCCAUCCACUGUCCCCGAUGAAGACGACAGCCCCUAUGAGAACGUGCUGCCAGGGCCGGUGACAGCAGCGCCCAGUCCAGAGCGCUUGCCCCGGCGAUGGCACAUCCCCAAAGCGCUGCUGCCAGCCAGCCUGGUCCUGCUCCUGCUGCUGCUGGUGGCCACCGUGGCCCUGGGGGCUUGCUACUGGCAGGUCACCCACACCCUGCAGGACACCUCCCACAACCACGCAGCCGAGCAGGGCCGCCUGUCACAGGAGCUGAGCGCUCGGGAGCAGAGCCUGGAGCAGGCACGGGUGGAGCUGGCGUGGGCCAGAGAGGAGCUGCAGCGAGCGUGGCACGAGGGCAACAUCAGCCAGCUGGAGCUGGAUAGAAUGAGCGCCGAGCUGGGGCACGUCAGGGGGGUCCUGGGCAAGACGGAGAAGGAGAUGCAGGAGGUGCAGGGGAAGCUCAACAACAGCGAGAGCACUGUGAGCAGCCUGCGUGCCUGUGUGAAUACAGACUGCUGCCCCUCGGGCUGGGUGCUCUACAGGAGCAAGUGUCUCUUCAUCUCUGUGCAGAAGAAGACCUGGCAGAGAAGCAAGGAUGACUGCAAAGCAAAAUCCGCUGAACUGCUCAUCCAAGAUAGCUUGCUAUCAUUGACAGUACCGCAUUUUGUGCAGGAGUCUACUGAAAACUACUGGAUUGGACCAAGCACUUAUUAUAACACAAAGGCAACUUCUGAAUGGCAGGACAGAAGUCAAACCUGGAAUACAAUGUGCAGGGCAAUAGAAUAUGGGAAAAUCAGGCAUAUGUCGUGCCGGCAUUCCUUUCAGUGGAUCUGCGAGAAAUCCCCGAAAUUGAGCAGCACAUCUGAGGCCCAACCUCCUCUCCUGGCCAAGAUCUGACUGCUGACACUCUACUCCAUCUCUGGACUUGGGGACAGGAGCUGGGGAUGCACCCCAAGACUCUGUCCCCUGUGCAUGCAUUGCCUCAACUGCGUUACAAAGCACUGGGAAAGAGGGUCUGUAUUUUAAAGGCUAGAAAAGAGACCUUAUUUCGCUCUCUUACACUCAUGCAUACACUUAUCACACCACCUUGCACUGUGUCUCUGUGUGUUCUUGUGUGCCCUGGCCAGCACACCCUGCAGUGAUCCAGGUCUCCAGUGCAAAGCCCAGCUCCCACUUUCUGUGCUCCCCCAAGGCUGCCCGGGGAGAACUGUGCAGGAUCUGCCAUUUGCAUUUUCUUGGAGCUGCGGGAUGACACACUGGUAUCCCUCAGUCUGUCCAUUUUGGGGACUUCUGUGGAUUUACAGCCUGUCUCUUCUCUUGGCAUUAAUAGCUCUCAUCCUGCCCUUUUUCCUGCCUCCAUCACCUGCCCAGGGCUUUGGGCUGGGUCUUGCCUUGAAGAGCACAGGCAGUGGUGCCAUCAGCAUGAGAAAAUGCUGGGAAGCCAUGAGACCAUAUGGGAGAUGGGGAAGCUCUGGGGAGCCUUGAGAACAUUGAAGUUGAAUAAGGAAACCCUGAAACCAUGGGAGAAAAAAAGGUUUAAUGAAGAGUCCUGAGACCAUGGGGGUGAAUGCAAUAACCCUGAGACCAUGGGAGGAAAUGGAGGUUCAGUGAAGAUGCCUGAGAUCAUGGAAGGCAAAUGGGAGAGGCCCUGAGGAAAUGGGGUUGCAACUAUGAGUCUUAAGACAGUGGAAGAGAGAGGGAAGUACUGAGGAGACUUGAGAACGCUAGAAAAAGGGGACCCUGGCACCAUGAGGGGAAGGUCCCCAAGACCAUGGUGGAACAUGAAUUGCCAAGCAGGGUGAUAAGAGAGCCCUGUCCAGGAUCCAGGUGGGGUGGGGAGGGGGAGUCCAGGUGCAGCACUGACCCUGCUGACUCAAGUGUUUCUGCAGAGAGUACGAGGUGUUGGGAACCAUUUUGCUAAGCUGGGUUUGAGACAGCCAGCAAGGUUUCAUCAAGGUAAAGUCCUGCCUAACCAACCUAGUGGCCUUCUACAAUGGAGUGAUUUCAUCACUGAACAAGGGAAGGGCUACAAAUGUCUUCUAUCUCGACUUCUGUAAAGCUUUUGACACAGUCUCCCUCUAAACUGGAGAGAAAUGGAUUCAAUGGGUGGGCUGUUUGGUGGAUAAGGAAUUGGCAGGACAGUCACAUCCAGAAGAUAGUGGUCAAUGGCUCUGUGUCCUAAUGUGGACAUUGGUGACCAGUGGGGUCCCUUGGGGAUCCAUAUUGGCAUCAAUGCUACUUAAUGCUUUCAUCAACGAUGUGAAUAGGGGGAUCUAGUGCACCCUCAGCGAGCUUGCAGAUGACACCCAGCUGAGAGCUGUGGUUGAUACAUCUGAGGCACCCAAUGCCAUCCAGAGGGACCUGGACAAGGUCAAGGAGUAGGCCCAUGGGAACAUCAUGAGGUUUAACAAGACCAAGUGCAAGGUGCUGCACUUGGGUCAGGGCAACCCCCGGUACCAACACAGGCUGGGGGAUGAACAGAUCAAGAGCAGCCCUGCUGGGAAGGACUUGGGGGUGCUGAUGGGUGAGAGGCUGGACAUGACCCAGCCAUGUGCACUCACAGCCCAGAAACCAAUCCUGUCCUGGGCUGCAUCCAAAGCAGGGUGGAAAGCAGGUGAGGGAGAGAAUUCUGCCUCUCAGCUCUGCUCUGGUGAGACCCCACCUGGAGCACUGCAUCCAGCUCUGGGGUCCCUAGCACAGGAAGGACAUGGACCUGUUGGAGCAAGUCCAGAGGAGAGACACCUGUCCCAAGCCCAGCACUCUCUUGGUGCCCGGGAACCUCAGGGCAGGUAGGGGAAGUGAGCAGGGGCUCAUCAAACUUCAAAUCAGCAUAGACCACACUCUGGGCCAUGCAGGCAGCUGGGCAGCAGCAGUCCAGGAACUCAGUCCUGUUCUGCUCCACUGUGGUCAUAUAGCAGACUGUGGCUAAGACCAUGUGGGAUGGAGACACUUCUUCAUAUGCAGAAAAGCAGAAGUAGUUGCUUUAUUUGCGAAAAGUGGUUUUAUUUCAGAGGAUGCUCUGGCUUUGGAGGGUGGGGGGUGAAUGAGCUCCACUCUGGGCUGCAUGCUCUACAUUUGUGCCCCAGGCUGUGAGGAGCCCAAGCUCCUGUGUACUGGCCACAGCAGGGCUACACCGCCCCAUGUAUCACCUUUUCCCUCCCAGCCCCUGCUCAGGACACAGAAUGCACUUAUUAUAUUGGUCCUCUGAAUAUGCCAGGGAGAAUCCCAGGGAUGUUCAUGCCAGAGCUCCAGGCUGCUGGAACCAGGAGGCCUAUAUUGAAACUUUAACAGCUGCUGGAACCAAACACCUUCAACUCAAGCCUCAUCAGACCUUUCAGGCUCUCACACAUCACCCAGACUCAAAGCAAAGUGAGGCCACUUGCUGGAACCUCCUCAGACUGGGCUGGCACCAGAAGAUAAGCUGCUGCCCAGUCCAAGUCCUCCAUGGGAUGAGGAAGCAAAGGGUCACCUCUCAGCUGUGUGUUCCAAGAAGCAUAAACACCAGGCAGCCACCACAAUCAGAAAGCUUUCAGGAGACCUGCUCCAGCCUGCACAGGAGCUGCCUCAUGCUGCCAUCAGGCCACGAGGAUGCUUGGAUUGCUGCUGGCUGAAUACUGGCUCCUGGAAUGGUGCAGCAGAGGCAAUUUCCCACUUUUCAUUGAUGCAACCGAGCUGGAGGAUGCACCUCUAUCACACCCCUGUCAUUCCUCAAAGACAGACACAGUUUUUGGCAGAGUUUAUUGGCAAAAUGCAGCUACAGGGAAAUAAAGAGGUCUGAGCCAGGA